AUGAGCGACGCAGACCACCAUGACUUUGACGACAGUGAAAGAUCUUCUUCGGCCUCCUCACAACUGGCUCGAAGCACAUCGUCUACCUCUCGCACGAGUUCCUCUACACGUUCGGUGUCGCCCGCACCUUCUGUCUGGUCCAUGACGAGCUCAUUGCAUGCAGAAGCAUAUGUCCAUCAAUUUGGACGCGACCUGAAUAAUAUCUCGGAAAUAUACGGCCUCCCCGCCGAUGCAGAAGAGUUAGAGCGUCUAGACCGCCAGCACGAGAUAUUUAAAGAGGUCAUGGGAAAGUAUAUUCCGCCGCUGCCGCAAGUUAUGGCGGACGAUAUGCCAGGAGAGACGAGAGCUGUGUUGGACUUGGGUUGCGGUAGUGGCGCUUGGAUAAUGGAAGCAGCACUUGACUUCCCUCAUAGUAACGCCGUUGCCAUUGACCUUGUGCCUAUGCAAUCACCUUACAUGCCUCCUAACUGCAGGAGCGAAGUCGAUGACAUCAAUCUUGGGUUGGAACAUUUCUACGGGGACUUUAAUGUUGUCCACUGUCGGCUCAUAUCUUCUGGUAUCCGAGAUUAUCAACAUAUGAUCGACCAAAUAAGCCAUGUCCUACGGCCGGGAGGAUUGAUUGAUCUUACGGAAUGGGAUUUUCAUUGCUACGACGAAGAUUUCCACCGCAUCGAGGUGGAUGUAACCACGAUUGAGAAACCAUGGUGGCCACGAUGGUUGGCAUACCUCGAGAUGGCUGCACGACGCAGAGGUGGAAACGUUAACGCUGCGACUCAUAUCCGUGAUUGGGUUUCGCAUCAUCCGCGGUUUGAAGAUGUGAUAUACAAUGAGUAUUUCAUUCCCGCGACGCCGUGGGUGACAGACAGCGCGUUGGACCUGCGUAUCGGAGUGGCGAUGAGGGAAGAUAUAGAGGUAUUCCUAAAGUCGGGGCGGCCGUUGUUAUUGGGCAGUGGCGUGCCGGAACAGCUUGUGAAUGAGCUUCAAGCGAAUGCACACAAGGAGGUGAUGGAAGAUGAUACACGCUAUUACAUACGCGUGCAAAGCGUCUACGCUCGUAAACGUCAUCGGUCGCUGGCCUAUGGUUGAACGGAGACUAGUGCUGCCUCCAUGCCAUAGCUACAACAUAUGACACAAGCAACAGUAGGAUGCACAUGAGAAUGCUGUUGUGGUGUGUGGUGUGCGGCUUGUUCGCUUGUAUCUGCUUGUUGUUGAGCCGCGCGGUAAUGUGGUAUGAGGUGAUUCCGGAGCUACAUGGACGGAUGUCAUUCUGGAAGAUAACUUGCUGAGGUGUGGUACUGUAGCUGUUCAAGCGAUAGUGGAGUACUAGAGGGAAUGCAUCGGUGGGAAUGUCCUCGUAUUCGGUGCGGCGUCGGGUUUGAACCCCGAGAUAACAGCUCAGCUCAAG